GCAUCUGUGACGCCAUCUCGGCGCGACUCUUCAUUUCCUUAGAGUUAGCUGGCUUCUCCGCUUGAGCUAUGCCGAAAGUCGUUUCCCGGUCGGUGGUCUGCUCUGACACCCGGGAUCGCGAGGAAUAUGAUGACGGCGAGAAGCCCCUCCAUGUCUACUAUUGUUUGUGCGGCCAGAUGGUCCUGGUGCUGGAUUGUCAAUUAGAGAAAUUACCUAUGAGGCCUCGGGACCGGUCUCGCGUGAUUGAUGCUGCCAAACAUGCUCAUAAGUUUUGUAACACGGAAGAUGAGGAGACUACCUAUCUUCGGAGGCCUGAGGGCAUUGAACGUCAAUACAGAAAGAAGUGUGCAAAGUGUGGGCUGCCGCUCUUCUACCAGUCCCAGCCGAAGAAUGCACCUGUAACGUUCAUCGUGGAUGGAGCAGUAGUGAAAUUUGGUCAAGGCUUCGGGAAAACCAAUAUAUAUACUCAGAAGCAAGAGCCUCCUAAGAAGGUGAUGAUGACCAAGCGGACUAAAGACAUGGGCAAGUUCAGCUCUGUUACUGUGUCUACCAUUGAUGAGGAAGAAGAAGAGAUAGAGGCUAGAGAAGUUGCCGACUCCUAUGCACAGAAUGCCAAAGUGAUUGAAAAACAGCUGGAGCGCAAAGGCAUGAGCAAGAGGCGACUGCAAGAGCUGGCUGAAUUGGAAGCCAAGAAAGCAAAAAUGAAAGGGACUCUGAUCGACAACCAGUUCAAAUAAUUCAGAUCUUUCUGAGUUCAGACUGGAGGCCGGCACUUAGAUCAAGAUGAAAGAGCUUCUUGAUUUCAUGGUCUCGUUUCUGUGUCCCAGGAAGAAUCUUUCUGACCAUCCCAUUGAGUUCCCUGCAUUGUUGUUCUUGUCUUUUACUGAAAUCCUUGACUCCAUUUCACUUGCUUUCUAGGAGGUAGAUUGUUUUCAAAAUCUUUGUAUAAAGUAAGUUUUCUGUCUUACUUGUCUUUGAGACAAGUUCCUGGUACACACUGGAGGACGGCCUUGAACUUGUGAACCUGCUGUCUUAGCCUCUCCGGUGCUGUAGCUGCAGGAAUGCACCACCGUGCCUGGCUUCCCUGUCGGUCCUCUUCUAUGAUGUCUUUAGGGCUAGAUAAGUCUCUAGUUUCUAAGGUUGGUGGAUUUUUUAUUUCGUCUUUAAAAUUUUUGAAAAAAAAUAUGGUAUGAGAGGAAAGUUGCAGGAAUUAAAAUUAAUUCCUUCUAAUUUUUAAAAGGUGGAUCCUUUUAAGAGAUUCUGUCUCUGAUCUUCAAACUAUCCUUAGAAUUAACUAGGGUUUGAAUCAUUCUCUUGUCGUCAGUAGAAAUCAGUUAGAAACCCGAAUCUGCAGAAAAAUUUCUUUACUUAAAAUAGUAGAGUUAUAUGUGAGCCAUGCCAUAUGAAACUACAGAAUCAAAGAAGGAAAAGCCAUGUGGCUGGGGGUGUAGCUCAGUAAUGGAGUACAUGCUAGGCAUGUGUGAGGACAUCCCCAGCACCAAAAACAAAAAAAGAGAAAGAGCCAGAUUGCCGAUGCAGGGGUAGGGUAGCUCAGGUCUGAAUGAAAAUAUGGCCUUGCUAAGUAACCCAAAGGAGCUAGUCAGUCAGCUGGGAGAAUUACUGUGAGUACACAGGAGGGGGCAUAGUGAGAGUAGAUUAUCUGUUGGGUGUCUUGUUUUCCAUUUGCUAUGUGCAGAAGCCUGUUUGAAGUGUGUCAUUCCUUCAGUGAUGUCAGUAUCCACGUGGUUCUUCCCAUAUUCCUAUCUGUUUGCCUGUAUUGCAAGGCGUGAGGAAACAUGGAGUGUGUUGCCCUCCUGGUGUUAUCUCUGACCAAUUGCACUUUUAAGACUUGUUUGUGAGGUGCUGUCGGGAAGUCAUUUUCUUUGCCUUUUUUUCUGAUUUCAUUACUUGCAGGGAAAAGUAGGCUAGAGUGGAUGUACAGUUGAGCUCGCAAAAACUGGGCCAAAGAGGAUUGGGAAUGCUGGGAAUGCACAGACUGGUACCAUGUUACCACCUUCCCAGUUACUCCGCAGCCAGUGAAUGGGAUCUUCCUUUGGCUAAUUCUUCACCUCCUUUCCUCUCCUAGUUGUGAGACAGAAUUGACAUUGUAUGAAUGACCAACUGUGUCCACCAGACAAUGACCUCUGCCUUUACUCCACUUUAUCCCCACAUUCCUAUGUGCACAGCUUGGAUAUACUUACACCUCCUCAGACAUUCAGGCUUCUAGUCUCUGGCCACAGCCUCUGAUUAUUGCUAGUCUCACGGACUUACUUCCUUGUAGACCUUUUUAGGUGUGUGUUUAGACUUGAGGGGCUCUUAUUUUGUUAGUAAUAAUGAAACCUAAUAGUAAUAGCAGCAUUAAUACUCAUUACUCUCCACUGAGUACUUGGUGUGUGUCAGAUGCUGUGGAAAGCACUUUAGAGGUAUUGGCUCUCUCUGACAAUACCUCCUAUGAUAGUUAACUCUUGUCAUCACCUUUUUCAAAUGAAUACCCCUGAAGCUCAGACUUCAAGUUCCCCAAGAGCCACUAGCCAGGAAUUGGGAAAGCCAAAAAUCUGACUUUAAAACUCAAGCUCUACUAUGCUGAACUGCUUCUCCUGUGGAAUCUUUAUUUAUAUGUAUGUAUAGUUAGAUCAGAACAUAAAUCAUUUUGAAAAAUCAAGUGACGUGCAAUGUAAAAAUAUUCAGCUAGAGAACCCCCUAAAGCAAUUCUGUGAUUAUACUUCUACAUGUUUUCUGAAAUAUUUGCUGUUAGAUAAAUCCUAACCAUUUCAACUUCUGGCUCAAGUUACAAAUUUUGCUUCCUUAACGAUAUGAAACAUUAUGUCAUUAAUAUCAAGUGAGUGUGUACAUUUCAUUUUUCUCUUUUUAUUAAAAAGUAUUGAAACAAUA